AUUUUCAUUUCACGUGAAGAACUUACAUUUUCUGCGUUGUUUCGAAGAGAAUUUCUCAGUAUUAUGCGAAUUCAUCACUAAAAAAAUGUUAGAAUUCGAUGAAAAUAUUGUUAAAUCACAAUGUUACGGCGGUAUAUUCGUUUGUUAUCUUAUAAUGCUCAAAGAGGCUAUUACAAAAUGAGUACUGCCAAUACAAAACCCUUCACGGUGUUCGUGGAAGGCAAUAUUGGUAGUGGUAAAACAACAUUUCUGGAACAUUUUCGCCAGUUUGAAGAUAUAACGCUUUUGACCGAGCCAGUGGAGGAAUGGCGCAAUCUCCGAGGAUGGAACCUAUUGGAUCUCAUGUACAAAGACCCCACAAAGUGGGCAAUGGCUUUCCAAGCCUAUGUGUCCCUGACCAUGUUGGACAUGCACCGGAGGCCCACAGUGACCCCAGUGAAGCUCAUGGAGCGGUCACUGUACAGUGCAAGGUACUGCUUUGUGGAGCACAUGCACAGAAGUGGAACUCUACACCCAGCCCAGUUCUCAGUGCUGGAUGAGUGGUUCCGGUUUAUUCAUAAUGAGAUCCCUAUUCAAGCUGAUCUAAUCGUCUAUCUCAGAACAAACCCAGUGAUUGCCCAUGAAAGGAUAAAGAAGCGAGCUCGCUCUGAGGAGCAGUGUGUCCCGCUGUCAUAUUUAGAAGAGCUCCACACCCUACAUGAAGACUGGCUGGUCAACAGGACUCAUGCUGAGUGCCCUGCCCCAGUCCUGGUCAUUGAUGCAGACUUAGACUUAUCUCAAAUAACUGAGGAAUACAAAAGAUCCGAACACCAAAUCUUGAGGAAGGCUGUGGAUGUAGUGAUGCGGUCUCCGAACAAGCUCAGCCCUAAGAAGCCCAUCACUAGCUCGCCUAUCAAGAUUGUUCCACAAAUUAGACUGUAGCAUAGACUUAACCUUGCUAAGGUUGCUUUAAUUUUUAUAAUUUUGAUUUUAAAUGUGUGUUCUUGAUUUUACCUAAGUUGGUAAGAAUUAGUUAAUUUGUAUCUAUUUAAGGCACUGACUUUACCCUGUUGCGGCUAAUUUCAAAUUUGAGGAAGAUUCCAAAAUGGUUUCUUCAAUUUUCACAUUCUUAAUAAAAUUUUGCUUUUAGAUAAUUAAGACUUGCAGCAUUCAAGCUUUUUCAAGCAGUUUAAUUUAAAUUAUAUAAUAAUUUAUAAUAUUCCUUGCAUUGACAUGAAUUAGACUGCUGAAGCAGCAUCAUAUGAUGGUGAGAUGACAUAUUUCAGUCAUUAUUUGACAGUUAAAUAUUUCCUUAUUUAUAUGCUUAGUGUGACCUCCAGCUCUCCACCGAACACUGUCUAUAACCGUAAUAUGAUAAGAUUCAUAUACUAGCCGUGUCUUAUCCAACCUCGACAUUGGCAGAAUCAUCAACACCUUGAUGGAGCCAAAACACGAAAAAUUGAUUGAUUGAUUGACCUCCAACUUCUUAGUAUUAUUUCUAGACUGUAAGCUAUAUAUUUGAGUAACAUUAUGACUAUGUACAUUGAUUGUACAUAAUACUAUUGAUGAUGUGUAAUGUAUAAAAUUCCUUAAUAUAUUGCAUUUAAUAUGUCCAUUUAACUUUGUCUUAAACGGCUGUAAAGAUAAAGAUAGUAUUUUAUGACUGAAGCAAAUAUGUGUAUUUGCAGAUAAAUAUGUUUGUAUACCUAAUUUUGAAAGAAUCACAAAUAGCAUAAUUGUGUUUUGCCAAAUAUGCAGAGUUUAUAUUUAUGUAAUUUAUAAACAAUUAAAUUUCUAUCGGAUCAA